AACUUUUGAAUUUCAGUCCCCCGAAACGAAACCUCGUCUCACAAUCGUGGUUUGACUUUUACUAAUCAAGAUGGCGACGACCAUAAGGUCCAGUUCCUCGAAGAGGAAAAGCAAAAUGAAUCAGGAAGAAGAUGCCCAUCACCUGAGUAUGCUCAUGAUGCUAGGAUCUCAGCUUCUGUCUGGUGGGACAUUCAACGAAGGACUACCAAGCUUUGUAACUCGAGGCUUAGACGUUGAGCAGAUCUGGCAACAGCUUGAACUGAGAAAUGAGCACAAGUCAUCUUUGACAACAUGCACAAGAAAUGCUGCCAGGAUUCAAUCACGUCAAAAUAAAAAAAAGAAAGGUGCUAAAGGAAAAAAGGUUUUGGAAGAAAAGGCAGAAGCUGCAGAGGAAGGUCAGUCAGAUGAUUCAGAUGAAGAUGGUGAAGAUGAUAGUAUUCUCAACUCUAUCAAGAAACGUUUAGAAGAAAAUCCAGCAGAUUCAGAGGAUGAUUUUGGUGAUAUGGGAGACAGUGAUGAUGAUGCUGACCUCGACUUUGAUUUUAAGGUUGACAACGAACUUACUAAAGGGUUGUCAGAUGAUGAAGACAGUGACGCGCCGAAUCGGAAAAAAGGUGUUCAAGCAGGGAGUAAAACCUCUAAAAGAAAGGCACCCAAGAGAACCACUGUUGUUGAUGAUAAAUUCUUUAAACUUGCGGACAUGGAAGAAUUUCUAGAUAUUGAGGAUGGGAAAGAGGAAAAGAAGGCAAAGCAACAAACGAAAGGUGCUGGUGAAUCAGAUGAAGAUGAUGAAGAUGACAGUGAGGAGGAGGAUGAAGAUAUUGAUAUGUUCGGCGACAUGGAAUCUGAUGAGGAUGAUGCUGGUAUUGCUAAGUAUGCAGACUUCUUUGAUCCGCCAUAUGAAGAAUCAGAGGAUAAGAAGCCGAAGAAGAAAGCUGAAAAACAAGAAGAGGAAGCUGGUGAAGAUUCAGAAGCAGACAGCGAAGAUAUCUUAGAAACCUCAGGUCUUGAAAAAGAUGAUGACAUGGAGGAUGACGAUGAAAUGGAGGAAGAGGAUGAAGAAUUGCAAGAGGAGGCAGAUGGUGAAGAUUUGGAGGAGGAGGCAGAUGAGGAUGAUGGAGAGGAGAACCAAGAAUCUGAAGAAAAAAUUAAAAAAUCUAAAGCGUCUGCAGCAAAGAAAAAAGUUUCCUUCACUAAUGACCUUCUGCAAAGUGAUGAAGAAGAGGCCGCUGAAGAUGCUGGGGAGACUGACAAAGAAGCAAAGUCGUCAUUUGAGCUGAAGCAAGAACAACUCCAGAAGAGAGCAAGGGAAAUGGAAGAACUGAGUCUGAAGGAAGCUACAUGGGAAUUGAAAGGCGAAGCUUCUGCUUCUAAGAGGCCUGAAAACAGUCUUCUGGAAACUGUUCUUGACUUUCAGCAUACUUCUCGUGCAGCUCCUGUGAUCACAGAUGAGACCACAAAGACACUGGAAGACUAUAUAAAGCAGAGAAUAAAAGACAAAGCUUUUGAUGAUGUUGAGAGGAAAGAAAAGCCGAAGGAAGAUGCUUUUGAGUUCAAGAAGAGAAUUGUGCUGGACCAGGAGAAGAGCAAGCUAAGUCUGGGAGAACUGUAUGAGCAGGAGUUUCUCAAGCAACAACAGCAAGACGAUGAAGAAGUCAAAGAAGAUCCUGAGUGUGAGAAAAUAGAGAAAGACCUGAACAAAUUGUUUCACCAGCUUGACGCCCUCAGCAAUUUCAGAUUCACACCCAUGAAGCCGGGCACUGAAGUGAAGAUCAUUGUGAACACGCCAGCCAUCGCCAUGGAGGAAGUAGCACCAGUUGCUACAGCAGAUUCUGAACUUUUGGCACCAGAAGAAGUUUAUGAGAAAAAGAAAGGUGAUGUGAAAGCUAAUGAAGAAAGGACUUCAACAGACAAGAAGAGAGCCUUGCGACAGAAGAAGAGAGACAAGAGAGAAAGAAAGAAGGCAAAGGAAGCUCGCGAGAAGGUGGUGCAAAAGAUGAACCCUGGUCUUGGUAACAAAUACAGUAAGGAGAAAGCAAGGAAGGAACUGGAGCAACUGAGCAAGUCGGACAGGAAUGUGACCAUGAUAAAGGGUGAUCGACAAAAACUGGGAUCUUCAACAGCAUUUUUCAGCCAGCUUCAGGAUGAGGUACAGACAAACGUCAAAGCCAAAAAAGUGACUAAGGAUGCCAAGAAAAGGAAGCUUGAUCCCAGCUUAAUCAUGUUGUGAUUGACACUUUGUUCUGUUCAAUAAAAGAUAAAAUAUGUAAAUAUUUCA